GGGUAAUGGACCCCCUGCCAUUUUGUAAAGAAAGUUCGCCGGCGAUGCCGCGCGCUUAAAUUCGUCCUCCCUGCAGUUCCAUCCCCACGCCAUCUCUCCAUCCUUGCAUCGCGCCGUCUCAUGCCUCCACGCCUUCCGUCCCCCGCCGCCAUUACCACCGCCCUUUCCGUCCACCUACGCAGGCUCUCAGCCUGUACUGCCUCUGCCGCGCAAGCCGACGCCCACCACCUGCUCGACGAAGUGCGGCACCCGGACCAUCUCAGGCGACUCCCGUCCGCGCUCGCAAGUUUCGUCCUCUCGCGCGCUGUGGGGAACACGCCCAGCCAUUUGGACUUUGGGAAAGCGCUUGCGGCUUGCGUCGGCCCUGGGCACGUUGCGUUCGCUGAGCAGGUUUACUGCGUCGCCUGGAAGGACGGGCUCACGGGCGACGCCUAUGUAUGCAGCGGGAUGAUCGACCUGCUAGCCAAGAGCGGUCGCUUCGAGGACGCGCUCAAGGCGUUCGAGGAUGGCGACCGGGGGAGUGCUGUUUGCUGGAACACUGUUAUCUCCGGGGCGGUGCGGAACGACCAAGACAGGCUUGCCAUUGAUAUGUUCAGUGAUAUGGUACGGGGCUCCUGUGAACCGAACUCGUUCACUUACUCUGGGGUUCUUAGUGCCUGUGCAAUGGGUGCUGAGCUGUGUGUCGGGAGGGCGGUGCAUGGCUUGGUGCUUCGGCGUGAUCCUGAGUAUGAUGUGUUUGUUGGAACGUCUAUUGUUAAUAUGUAUGCAAAAUCGGGUGAUAUGAUUGCUGCCAUGAGGGAGUUUUGGAGGAUGCCAAUCCGAAAUGUGGUUUCCUGGACCACCGCGAUAGCUGGUUUCGUGCAGGAGGAGGAACCAGUAAGUGCUGUUCGGCUGCUCAGGGAAAUGGUGCGGAGCGGCGUAUCAAUGAAUAAAUACACAGCCACUAGCAUCUUGCUCGCGUGCUCCCAGAUGUAUAUGAUACGAGAGGUUAGCCAGAUGCAUGGCAUGAUCAUGAAGAAGGAGCUGUACUUGGAUCACGCUGUCAAGGAGGCUCUUAUCUGCACGUAUGCUAACAUUGGGGCUAUUGAGUUGUCUGAGACAGCGUUUGAAGAAGUUGGCACAGUAAGCAGCACACGUAUCUGGUCGACUUUCAUAUCUGGGGUUAGUAGCCACAGCUUACCGAGAUCACUUCAGCUGUUAAUGAGGAUGUUUCGUCAGGGCCUAAGACCAAAUGACAGAUGCUAUGCUUCUGUUUUCAGUUCCAUGGACUCAAUUGAGUUUGGCAGACAACUGCAUUCGUUGGUUAUAAAAGAUGGGUUUGUUCAUGAUGUUCUUGUGGGCAGUGCACUCUCCACCAUGUACUCUAGAGGUGAUGAUUUGGAAGACAGCUACAGGGUCUUCAAAGAGAUGCAGGAAAGGGAUGAAGUCUCAUGGACAGCAAUGGUUGCUGGUUUUGCAUCGCAUGGUCAUUCUGUUGAGGCAUUCCGAUUGUUUAGGAUUAUGAUUCUUGAUGGUUUUAAGCCUGACUAUGUGACGCUAUCUGCCAUUCUUUCAGCUUGUGACAAACCAGAAUGCUUGCUUAAAGGGAAGACAAUUCAUGGACACAUUCUUCGUGUCCAUGGAGAAAUCACAUCCAUUAGCCAUUGUUUGGUUUCCAUGUAUUCCAAAUGUCAAGAAGCACAAACAGCCAGAAGAAUUUUUGAUGCAACUCCAUGCAAAGAUCAGGUCAUGUUCUCUUCAAUGAUAUCUGGAUACUCUACAAAUGGUUGCAGUGCUGAGGCAAUGUCACUAUUUCAGCUCAUGCUGUCAACUGGUUUUCAGAUAGAUAGGUUUAUAUGUUCGUCUAUUCUUAGCCUAUGUGCUGACAUAGCAAGACCGCUCUAUGGUAAAUUAUUGCAUGGGCAUGCAAUUAAAGCAGGCAUACUCUCCGAUCUAUCAGUAAGCAGUUCACUCGUGAAGUUGUACUCCAAAAGUGGCAACCUGAAUGAUUCUCGUAAAGUUUUUGAUGAAAUUACUUCCCCAGAUUUAGUUACAUGGACAGCUAUAAUUGAUGGAUACGCUCAACAUGGAAGUGGUCGGGAUGCUUUGGAGAUGUUCGAUUUGAUGAUUACGCUUGGAGUAAAACCAGAUACUGUUGUAUUAGUGAGUGUUUUAUCUGCUUGCAGUCGCAAUGGUUUGGUUGAAGAAGGCGUUAACUAUUUUGAAUCUAUGAGAACAAUUUAUGGGGUUGAGCCAAUGUUACAUCACUACUGUUGUAUGGUUGAUUUACUUGGUCGAUCUGGGAGGCUUCAAGAUGCAAAGAGUUUUAUUGAGAGUAUGCCUAUGAAGGCUGACUUGAUGGUAUGGAGCACACUCUUUGCUGCUUGCAGAGUUCAUAAUGAUGCUGUACUUGGAGGAUUCGUAGAAAAUAAGAUUCGUGAAGAUGGUUACGAUUCAGGCUCUUUUGCAACUCUGUCGAACAUUCUUGCAAAUUCUGGAGACUGGGAGGAAGUAGCGAGAGUCAGAAAAUCAAUGGAUGUCAAGAAAGAGCCUGGAUGGAGUAUGGUGUAAUAAUUGAAUUGACUGAAGGGAUACAGAAAUACGGCACAGUAGAUAGGAACAUGUGUUUCAUGAGGUGUUCUGGGCUGCUUGCAUGAGAUCAACUAUAGAGAUCAUAGUACAUCGGCUGAAGAUUUAUUCUGACCAAGACAUAUUGCAGAGUAUUUGAUCAGAGAUGCUUGUUCCUGAUCAUGCAGAAGACUGGAUAGUUAGUUAUCUAAGCUCUAAAGUUUCCAUGGGCACACCUCUAGUUAUCAGGGAAAAUAUAGGUAUUCAUGAUGAUGAAGAACUCAAAUACAUACGACCAGGCUAUUCUUCUCGCUGUUAGCUUAUCUGUAAACAUAGCUAUUGGACAUCUCUGGGGGAGGUUCGGGGCAAGUGAGAGAUUCGCAGCGAAUGCUACAUGCCCAAUCAUCUGAAGAAUCUUCCCCCAAAUCAAAUGGAAAUUUUAUUUUUCGUGAAACUCCACACUGAUUGCCAGCUGUUCAAGCUCGGUGUUUGGCGAGGCUUCAUGUAUGCUAUUGAUUAUUCCAGGGGCUAUGCUGAGAACCACGGAUGUGGCAUCCGAUGACUUCUGCAGGGUCUGUGUUUCAAAUGGCAUGAUGAUCGGACCGCUAUGGAUGUCUUUGUCUGAUAGAUGAGUUAAAGAUGGACUAAGGUUGAAGUUUAUUACUUUACAUGAAGACCCAUUUUCUGAACUGUUGAGCUUCUGCAGUUGUCGUCCCUGAAAGGACUGUUGGCUAUUGAACCGAUUCGCAGGUAGUGCAAGUUCUGCUGAGCGAGAGGAGCCUUCCAAAGCAAAAUGCGAAGCUUGUAUGGACUGCAAAGCAGAUAACAGGUCUGGCUCUGUCAUGGCAGUUGAUUGGGGACCCCAGGAGUGAGAUAACGCUCUUUGUGCCAUCGAACUAGGCUUUUUAAAUAUCCUACAAAUAGCCCAUGCAUCCUGUUUGAUAAAGAAAAAUCAUCAGAAGAUAUAUCAUAUAUCUAAUAUUCUAAGAAUUUUAGUGCUAUAAGUAAAUACUAUGAAUAAAGGCCUUACAUUAGCUGGAA